CCUCACUCCUCCUUGGUCUCUGAGCCACUUGGAAGCAAAAUGUCCCUCAGUCCAGCGACCAUCCUGGCUGCCGACGCCGAUGCGCGUCGUGCCAUUGUGGCAGGCGAUCACUCUGCGUGCAAGGUCGCGCUGCUGGUUGAUCAUACGCAGCUCAAGCAAGAGUGCACGACUGCUCACAUCGUCGCGCUCUGUGCCCAAGCACGCGAGCACGACUUCCGGUCGGUCUGCAUCCCGCCGUCACGCGUGGCUCUGGCGCGAUCGCUACUGGUGCUGCCAGCGCAGUUGUCAAAAGCAGAUGCUGCUGGUGCUGCGGUCCGAGUGUGCACCGUGGUUGGCUUUCCAAACGGCUACAUGACCACCGCCGCCAAGGUCGCCGAGACAGCGGACGCGGUCGCAGCCGGUGCAGACGAGAUUGACUUUGUGCAGAACGUCGGAUGGGUCAAGGACGCAAACUGGACGGACACUCGCAACGAGUACAGGGCGAUCGUUGCUGCUGCGGGCCCGGCGCGACUGGUCAAGGUCAUUCUCGAGACAGCGCUGCUCACCCCCGACGAGAUUGAGCGCUGCUCGACCAUCGCAGUCCAAGCAGGCAUUCACACGGUCAAGACAAGCACGGGCUUUGCUGCGAGAGGCGCAUCUCUGGCGGACGUCGAAGCCAUGCAACGAGGCAUCGAGCUUGCGUUCGCAGACGGCUCAACACCCCGACGUGUGGUUGGCAUCAAAGCGAGCGGCGGCAUUCGUGAUACUGUGACAGCACUCCAAUUUAUCCGCGCUGGUGCCACGCGGCUCGGCACGUCGUCGGGAGUCGCCAUUAUUUCAGGGCUUCAGCAUCAUCAGCCGGGUGAGUCAAGCGGAGCUGCGGCAAGCACGAGCAACUACUAAGCAGUGUAGUCAUGUAUUGGUGUGUCUACUGUGUCUACUUUUUAUGUAUCUCCAAACGCAACUUCAAAGAACAUUUAAAAAAAAAAAAAAGGCC